AUGUGCAAUGAUCGGAAGAGACCAAAGCGCUUCUUGCCUUCCUUGAGCAGGACUUCGAUUUAUAAGCUCCUCGUGCCUCCGAUCGUGCGACUCGCUCGACGCCUCAGACCCCGGCUCGGUCCGCGAGUGAUCCUCUUAACCCCAAACCUCAUCGUCAAGUAUGGCGCGGCGGAGGUGUAUUCGGAAGCCUGCGCGAUUGACUACAUCUCGAAAAACACCUCGAUCCCCGUGCCGAAGCUGAUCGCGGUUUUCCAGACCCGCGACGGGACCACGUACAUGCUCAUGGCUCGAUGCCCUGGCGUUCCGCUUCAAGGGAUCAUUCACCAGUUGACGCCAACGGAAAGACAAAAUGCCUUUGCCCAGCUGCGAGGCUACGUCGAUGAGCUGCGUGCGCUUGAGCCGCCGCAGCCUGGCAGGGUCGGCUCGAUAACGUACGGGCCUCUCGAAGAUGACCGCAUUCUUGAUGGGCCAUGCGGUCCGUUUGAGAAUGUAUCUGCGUUUCACCGAGCGAUGCGACUAGAUGCGGAAAUUCCAUCCGGCCACGAAGAGUGUGACACGGUGAUCUCGAUGCAGAACCGGCGGGAAUAUGCGAUAAAAUGUACCCAUGGAGACCUGUCCUUGCGCCAUGUGCAUUACCUUGAUGGGAAGAUCACAGGUGUCAUUGACUGGGAGUCAGCAGGCUGGCUUCCCGAUUACUGGGAGUAUACAAUGACCUGGGACUCCUUCUGGGAUGCACCCGGUUUGAGAGCCAACAUCCCCGCAUUCCUAGACCCUUUCCCAGAGGAGCUGGAGAUGGAGCAAGCUCGGAUACGAUUAUUUCGGGGGAGAAAUUGA